AUGGCGUCUCCCGCGCAGAAGCGCGCCAACGUCGUGGUAUCCAGGCUCAUUCCGCCUGUGUUACUCGGCGUUGUGAUUUACGCUUCCUAUGCGGUCACGAAACCAUUAUGCAUCGACUAUCUAAUUCAUCCGUUACCCUCCUAUAACCGAGGUCCCCGAGUCGGCGCUGGCGCCGCGAUCAUCGCGAUCUAUUACGUUCUCUUAAUCCCCAUGGUCGUUUCAUAUUUGCAACUUUAUUAUCAAGUCAUGUGGAAUCCCGGAUAUCUUCCCCUCGGUGAACAAAAAGUGGCAGAUGACGAGAACGCAAAGCAAUCGAAGCGCCAUCGUGGGAAGAAACGCACGCGCAAACCCGAUCCGGAGAAGACAGACCAGGCAGACGCGGAUGUGGAGAGAGGCUCGAACUCCACUGCUGUAGGCACCGCAUUCCAGUCAGAUUUUGGGCUGGAGAGCUUCUACACAAGAGAUGUUUUCGUCUGCCAGGAGGAUGGCCGGCCACAUUGGUGCACUACGUGCUGUCAGUACAAGACAGAUAGGGCGCACCACUGCCGCGAGUUGGGUCGUUGUGUGCGCAAAAUGGAUCACUUCUGUCCUUGGGUUGGAGGCGUGGUGUCGGAGACAUCGUUCAAAUUCUUCAUUCAAUUCGUUGCUUAUACUUGCAUAUUCUGUACCUUUGCACUCAUAGUGUCUGCUUAUUUUACAGGGGAGAUCCGACGCCAGGUAAGACUUCCACGAGCCGCUGUUCAACUCACCGAGAUGCUUGUUACUGACCUUACAACCAGACCGGAGGAGAGCGGCCUUUUUGCCUUCUUCGCCGCUGGAAUGACCUUGAGCUCAGUCCAAAUGGGCAUCCUCAACAUCACAACAAUCGAAAACCUGAACCGGCGCACCGCCGUCUGGACCCUGGCUAUCCGUGUUCCAGAAUACCUCCUCGAUCGACUCUGGGCAGCCGAGUCCCCCUGGGCGCCAACAUACCGCAUGGUAUCCUACCCAAUACAACCACCAUCCUCUCCAACCCAGCCGCAAACAACAAACCCCUCCCCAGGCGAACGCCACGUCUUCGCCAUCCUCCACACUCUGCCAGGCGAGAAUCCCUUCGACCUAGGAAGCCCAUUGAAAAAUCUCCAGCAGGUCAUGGGAUACACCGUCUUCGAUUGGCUGCUGCCGAUCAAACAUAGCCCAUGUGCUGACCACAGUAGCAUGGAGAGCCAUUUUGCCCUGGGACCCGUUGUGACCCGCUUGCGGCAGGAGGCUGGACUGGCCCCGCCGCCCGAGAACGGGGCUGCUGUUCCGAGGUCCCCACAUUCGGGGCAAAGCCACCGGGAAAAAUCUCCUAGCGAGCAAUAG